UCGGAUGUUGUGAAGUUCUGUCUUGUCGUGUCGUGUCUAGUAAAUAUUCCAAAGAUUUUUACCGCUAGGAUGAUCAUAUCAUUGAUCCUAUGAUAAUACAAUAUUUAUUGAAUCUAUUUGUUGUUGGUAGCAGUUGUUUUAGUGGUAUUUAUGGAGGCUUUUGUUCUUGAUACGUCACGUUUGGUUGGCGAUGUUAUCGCAUAUAUUGCUCAGCUCAAGAGCACAUUCCAGUCCACUGGUAACCCAAUUAAUGAUGAUGAUACUACACUACAGAAGUUAUGUGUCAAGUUUGAAACAAUCCUUAGGCAUGAACAAAAAGAAAAAUAUUCCAUGCUUGGAUACAGAAAAGAUUAUUGGAACUUCAUAGUAGAAUGUAUUCCUAAGGAUGAUGGUGUGAAAUACGUGCAGGCUGUCCCGCAGAUGAAGACAGCACAAGGUAAAGGAAGGUGUUUCAUUAGAUAUGCCUUGGCAGAGAAGACACUAGCAGAUACCGUGCAAAGACUCAUGGUCAACAAAAAUUCACUAAGCUCAUGGUACAGGCCAGAUGCUAUCUUUCGCAAUCCAUCUCUCUCAACUGCUCUAGUAAACAAACUAUAUGACUUGAACGAUGUGGAGUUUGAUUUGCCAAGUGCUGGGUAUGACCUGGAUAUAUCUUGGCCAGCAUUUUCAAGAAGAAGGAUAAGAGAUGGAAGUACUUCAGGAAGACGAAACAGUGUCAGCAGUAUGGCCAGUGUGGACUUCAGGAAUGAAAGGCAAGAUCCAUUGGUUGGGUUAGCAACCGAGAUAGCGUCUCUUGAAGAAUUUUUUAAUAGCGAGUUCUCCGAAGUAAAUCCAGGAAAGAACGACGCCUUUGAUAACGUUAGCAUAUCAGCAUCAAACCUCGAUACUCCUGCCGUAUCAGAACUAACGUUGAAAAUCUCUCAUAUCCAUCAGCAAGCACUGAAGUGGAGGUCUACAGUGAAUUCAACAAAGGCUGUGCUUUCUCAAGAGAUGAAAAAGGCACAGGACGACAAACAGUUUGCCAUUAGAGAAUCUGAACUCAAAACCAAACAAAUGAUGGAAAAAUUUUCGAAUUUAGCUAAAGUUAGCACUGAACAAUCUGAUAAGAAAUGUUCAGAACUUGCUGGAAAGUUGUCUGCAGCAGAGAAGGCUUUGCAAGAAAGAGAUUCAGAGCUAAAGCAGCUAAGGAAUGAAGUUCAUAAGUCUGUAGUCGAUUCGAGUACUGCACAGAAGUCGGCUAUUGAACUUGAAAAACAGCUAACGGCGUCUGAGCGAAAACGAAGCGAACUAGGAACAGAAAUGGAAAGUCUAAAGCAAAAACUAAAGUCGAAGGAGCAACUUGAGAUUGAGUUUGACUUAAAACAAAAACAACUUAAGGAAAGAAUGGGAAUACUUGAGUCAAAAGACAAUGAAUACAAAGAGAGUAUUUCAGAACUUCAAGGAAACCUACGAGCGAAAGAAGUCGCUCUACAAAGUAUACAAGAGUCGUUUGAAAAGCUGAACGGGAUGGUAUUUGGUUCUUUUGAGGAGCUUGAAACAGAAAUGAAACAAAGACUAGUUGAAAAAGAGAAAGGUUUGCAAAACCAAACCGAUGAAAACAGAAAACUAGAGCUAAACGUAGAUGAACUGCAAAAACAAAUUCGCGAGAAACGAACUAAAUUAUCCGAAACUAAAUCACAGCUAGAAGAUUUACAAAUGUCUUACAAAGAAAUUCAGAGUUCGAAUGAAAAGAUGGAAGAGCAGUUGAAAGAAAGGGAUGGACAGCUACAAGAAUGCGAAGGGUUCAUGAAGGAGUUGGGGGAAGUACUAAUGGAAGAAGAAAUAACCGAUAAUGAUACAAUAGAUGGUAUGGCAACAAAUAAUCAAGCUUACUUAAUAGAACGUUGCCGUAGUUUGUUUGAUCAAGUCCAAUCCCUUCAAGUACAAAUUGUCAACAUUUCAAAAAUGCUCAAAGAAGCUGAAGAAAGAUUCGAAAAGAAAGAACAGGAUGUCCAAGAGCGGAACGCACAGUUCGAAAGUCUGCAGGCUGCUAAGAAUAAAAUGUCCGAAGAAUUUGAUGUUUUGAAGUCCAACAAAGAUGACUUGGACACGGAAAAGGCCGUGAUCGAAGAGGAACUAAAAACAGCUUUAUCAUCGCUGGACGACAUGCAGUCAGAACUUUUACAAGCAAGACAGUCCAACACAGAACGAGAAAAUGAGCUGAAUGACUUACGUAACACCUUGACCAAACAGACCGACCUGACACAAGAAUACGAGCAACAAAUCAACAGUUUUAAAGACGAAUGUCAAGUCUUAAGAAAUACGAACGAGAAACUUCAGCUUGACUUAUCAAAAGCACAAGAUAAAGUCACUUUGUUUGAAUCUGAGAAUGUGGAUUUGAAAGAAGAGUUAAAUGUGUUAAAGCAAGACCUAAGGACUCAGACAGACGAGAAACUUGGCAUGGAGGAUGAAYUCGGCGUCGCUAAGCAACAGCUUGAGUCAGCCAAUGAAGGGAGGAUCCGUGCUGAGCAUGCGCAAGUCAAGGCACAGGAAGAGCUUCAAAACCUGCAAUGCAUGAUGGAACAGGAGGUCGCGGCUUUGAAAUUCCAGCUCAGUUCGGAAACCAUCAAGUAUGAAACCGAGAUCAAAGUUCUUUCGGAGCAAAGUCAAGAGAGUGCCAGGUACAAAGAUCGUUCAGUGGAGCAAGAGGAGGCUAUAGCUGAUCUAGAAACCAAGUUAAAAAUAAAAAGUGAUGAAUGGCAGAAUGAGAAGAGAAAAUAUGUGAAUGAAAUAAAGCACCUAAGACAUGAGGUCCAGUUGUUAAAGAACGCGUUAGAUGGCAAUAAACAAAAAAUAACGACAUUAGAAAACGAUCUCCUCCUCACAACCAAGCAACUGGACGAAGAACGAGCCAGACAGAAGGACAUGAAAAGAAAAAUAGUGGAAGCGAAUGAACAGAAAACGAAAGACCAAAAUGAAUUAAAAGGUCAAAUGAAAGACAUGGAGAAAGAUAUGCGAGAACUGAAGACUAAAAUCGUAACACUGACCAGAGAAAAGGCAGAAUUCUGGAAAAAAGCUGAUGAUCUUGAGCAUGAACUGAAAUUAAAGGCUUCAGACAGAUGGGUGGAGGACAGUGAAGUCAAGCAUUGUACGAACUGUAAGAGCGAGUUUUCGUUUCUGGUCAGAAAGCACCAUUGUCGGCUGUGUGGUCGCAUCUUCUGUCAUUCUUGUGUAAACAACUGGGUGAAGACUGCUCACAGCAGUAAACUAAAGCGAGUUUGUGACUACUGUCUUGCGAAUGACAAGCAGCUAAAGCCUCAGAAGGGACCCGGCAAGCGUCAGACUGACAGCGAAGAAGACCUUGACGAAACAAUGUCAGACAUCAGCAUCGGCGCCAGUCCAAGAAAGGGAACAAGAAGCUCGACAUUACAGAGUGUUAGCGAUGAAGACAUAGCGACUGCCAGUCAAACGAACAAAGACAAAACCGACCAGGAGAAAAAUUCUAAUGAAAAACCACGAGCAGCUUCAAGUCCAAUUCAAGAGGACAAGACAAAGGGCACUAAUGAAUCGAAGCCAUUAGAAAACAAUACAGCACAGAGUAGUAAUAGUAGUAGUGAAUAUUCAAGCUUUGCUACAGCAAGUACAGUUAGUAACCCUGCAUCUCCACGCGAGGGGGUAACGAGUCCUGUUGGUGAAGGAUUUGAAGUCAUUGACCCACACGAAGAGAUCAAUGAGGUGUUAGAAUCACGUGUAGUGAUCAGUGACACGGACUAUAAAGAAGACUUGUUGAUUCCCGCGGUCAAUGACGAGCAGGAUGUGUCCAGGGAGUUUAUUGUGUCGGCAGGGACUAGAUAUGUGCUGCCUGUCAUGGUGGCUACGCCAGGUGCUAUAUUAUGUUGGUCUUUUAGAACAGCCUACAAGAGCAUCAUCUUUGGUUUGGCGUACAAAGACAGUGAAAAACAAAAGGAUGAAAAUAUAGAGACUCUUUUUCCUUUAGCUCGGUACAGUUCAAACGUUAUACCAGUUGAGGGAGAAUGGAAAACAGCCUGUCAUGGAGUGUAUCUUCUCGUCUUCGAUAAUACUUAUUCACGGUUUACAUCGAAGCACUUGACAUGCCAUCUACACGUCAAGAGGAAGCCCUCCCUCUUACACCCGUCAUCUUAACCACAGAUAGCCGUGCUGUUUUUUAAAAUCCGUGUACAAAUCAUAUCUCACAAUAUGCUUAAAAAGCACCUUAUAAUAAUUGUGUAUCAAACUUAGAAAUUAUGGAAUUCGAAUAUUUAAAAUUAAUUGCAAUUUUUGUACAGAACCACCAAAAUUCACAUACCCAAAAUGUUCUAAAUGAAGGAGUAAAAGAACUUACUUUGCACUGGAUUGAUAUAACACAUCAAUCAAAUCUUUUGUAUGAUAUUCUGUCGCAUUUCGCUUUUUUGUUUUCUGUUGCCUUUCUAUUUCCUUUUUUUUAAAUGCAUAACUCAUUUCAUUACUGUAAGCUUAUAAUACAUAAACUGAGGGCUGCGCAAGUUCUACCUUAAAAGAUACAAGUGCAAGAUGGUUAUGCUCAUUUGUAGGGAAAGGGUAAAGUUAAGUAGUAGUCAUACA